AUGAAGACGUUCAUAGCUGUUCUCCUCCUGAGCGCCUGCGCGACUUAUGCCUUCGCUGAAGAGCUCCAGAUGCCUUUCAACAAAGCCGUAUUUCAGUUCCUGGACGAGCGUCACGAUGAGAAAAUGGCACAGGUCUUGAGAGACAACGGACUCCCAGAGGAUACUUUACCAGCAGCCGACGAGCGGGCCGAUCCACCGGCCUUUUUGGUAAGCAUGCGUAGAGCGAGUAUAUUUGAUCAAAAAUGGAUAUGCUAAGAAACACAGAAAACAGAACAUGCAGGCUGCAGGCUUGCUAUCAUUUUUCUUAAUGGGGAGACUAAUCAGUCCUCCCAAAAACAGCGGGAGUAGUAUUGCUUAGAAAUGAAGGCAUAAGUAAGGCCGAUGUGAGAUUAGGUUCAAAGAGUUAUAAGUGAGAGUUGUAACUUAAAUUCAAAGGCUUGGAGGUGAGUGAGGAAAAUUUUCUAAUUUAGGGUUAAUUUACUGCUUUAAUUUUGAAUGGUGGGACUUUCAGUAUUGUUUUAUACUGGAGGGUCCGCCCGAAAUGGGGAAGUUUUUCGGUUAGGCUUAAGAUACACGAAUAGACCGAUUUUUAUCAGGCGUUUAAUUCUGUGAAAGUCUUGGGGAAUCCCUCGUGCCCUUAAUUGCUUCACAUUUGGGUACUCAACCAGUCGAGCCCGUGAAACAGGGCAUUCAAUAGGGCAAGAAUAGUCAAUUCUACUUGAAAUUAAGAAUGGGAUUUGUAAUAGCAUUUGUAAUACAAUGUAACAGGAUUCCUUCGAUUCCUUGACCAACUUCUUGUUGAAAGCUCCUAGUCAUUGUUCACAUGCGGAGACCCAAAGACUCGUGUUCUCAGUAAGUGGUCCGUCUGGUAGGCAGGAAAUCAUUAAGACUUGUAUCCAUCAUGUUUCAUGGUAGUCAUUUGUUUAAUUGCAGGCACCUUGUAUCACGACAGGAAAGCUAUGUUGGAAAUUGGCCGGACGUGAUCCGUGUAAAAAAUUGGAGUGCAUCGAUUGCUUCCUCCGUUGUGCUGUUGCUAACCAUCCUACCCCUCUUCCAAAACUAACAAUACGCCAGGUAAAUGAACUAAAACAGAACAUAGCUAAACAAAACAAAAAAGAAAGCAGUGUUUGUGUCAGUGACAUGGACACAGAGCCAGAAGCCCAAUUCCUGUUGUACUGUGAAGAUCUUGGAUAGGGUCCCUAAUGAGAUUUUUCGAGCCCGUCAUCCAGACACCGGCAAAUUUUCGCUCAAUCCUGUUACCCAGUUUGUUAUCAUUGGCGACCCGCUUCCCGAGCCCACUUUAAGUCACAAAUCUCGUCUUCAUUGCUCCCCAUUUUGCUUUCAAAUCGGGCCGAAUCACAAAUCCCGUAUCCCUGAAAACGUUUAGGGCACUCCGUUUGGAAUUAUCUAAUGAGAAAAAUUCUGGAACUCAAAUUUGUGUUUAAUGCAAGUGAUGCUUUUCUUCUUGAGGAGCAUUUGAAAACUGCAUCACUUUUAAAAUGAUUCAAGAUUAAACAUUUGAAUACUUAAAUGCUUUUACUAAGCAUUUUCAACAAUUUGAAAUUUCUUAAGGCUAGAAAGCUAAUAUCUGGUGUUUUAACAGAUAAAGUAAAUUUUUGCGAAAGUCGGGAUCUAGGUAGGCGUAGAUGUGCAGUACAAAGUUAUCUAACAUCAACUAAAAGCAUUUGAAAGAAAGAAAAGACAAACCCGAGUUUAGAGUUCAUUUUUCUUGAGACGGGUCUUGGGGCACUUUAGGUUCUUUUGAAGUAUUGCCACAGUCAUAAUUUGAAAGGUCAGGGGUGCCGCAUGGUAAAUAUCACAAAUUCAACUACCAAAAUACAUGGGGUUGUUAACAAAACUGGGCCGCUUAUUUAAAGUUUUGUAUAUGUGUAACUGUCCUCUGUUUUCGUUUUUCCUUUGCAGAAAGCUUGUUUGGCUCUUCUGUAUCUGUGCAGAAAGCACAGUCCAUCUUGUGCUGGUGAAUUGUGCUGCUUCGUUCGCAUCAAAAGAUGCUUUAAAGCGUCUGGACACUAAGAACCCGCAGAGAAAUGUUACACUGUCACAUUGGCAACGAAUAGUUGAUAUCGUUCAAAAUAAUGUGCAAUCAGGCUCGUUUUUCAGUUGAUAUACUCUUUUAUUAACUUGUGCAGACAUUUUUAAAUUAAAGGGAAUAAAAUAUCUAUAAAAAGGAUGGCAAUGUGUCCAUUUGGUCUAAUAUAUUUUUGUCUUUUUGUAGUUUGUUGACAAAUUAAAGACGACAAAUUUCAAGGUUUUUUCCUGAAAAUUUCAUUUAAAUGUUUGAGUAUUGUAAAGGAGUUUAAAAGGUGAAUAAAACGAUCAAAUAAACCAAGGAAGCACAAAAGAUAGGUGAUAGUCAACCUUGGAAUAUAAAGGAUUGUAUAGAACGGAGAAGAUUCGCUAUUUGUGUACAGAAGAAGACGAGUUCAACUUCUAGCCAGGCGUUUUUGUCCCCUGACGAUUGUAGCCUAGACCCCUUAGAGCGUAAGUGCGUAGCCUUGAGAUUAACUUAAUAAAUGAAUGAGUUAAAGCCCAGUUUCUUUGAGUAAGAAAGGUGCUGCCUGAGCUAGGAAGCAUUUAGCGCUUAUUUGGCGUCUAGUCCAUUCUCUUCUGAGAAUAGAACCCUCAGCUGGCUUCCCCGGCCCCCUCUCUCCGAAAAAUGCUUCUUUUGUUCUCAUCUAAAACUUAUAAACCUGCGUAUUUUUAAUAAUCUGUAUGCAGAAUGACCAUCUAUACGGAUUUCUAUACAAACCAGAAAAAGACAGACUUAUUUUUUCACGAUGCAGGAACAUUUCAUUUUGGCCGACCCCACAAAAAGACAAUUUGUCAAAAAAUUAAACCAGAGUCAAGAUAAAUACACUUAAAACGAAAAAACAAUCGUUUUCUUAUGGUAGGAUCAUGUUUCAAUACUCUGUUACCCUUCUGUUUUCCUUCUGUCACUACUUAAGAACCAAUUUGAUUUGCUGUCCAAGAUUUUUAUCCUGCUUUGCAAAUGCUGGAAUGAUUCUGCUCUCGUAACCAACAUGUCGAAUUCUAAAUAAUUACGUCUCGAGGAGUUAGAAGAGACAAACUAGGGGGUGUGGGGAAGGGGAGGAGCAACAUGACCACUUACUUAUUAACCUUUAAUCAUGUAAACUUACACGCAUUUCGCUUUUACAACCUCCUUUUUAAUGAAUGAAAAUCUUAGUCAAUUAGCGAUGUGCAAGUAAGCUUCUGUGCUAAUAGUUUAGACCACGUGACACUUAAAGACCUUAAGAUUCGAGGACGAGAACGACUACGAGUACGAGAUUUGUCUUUAAGGUUUCUCACGCAUUCUCAAAAAAUAGACUACCCGGGAAAACUUUAUUGUCCUCUUUUCACCAGAAAAGCUAGCACUGAGUGUUAUCUUUAUUGAAGGAGGUUAUGCUCUCUCCCGGUCUCAAAAUGACAAAACCUCUAAAAUUUGAUAACUUGUUUCCGCCACCACGACUUUCUUGCAAAAACGCGUAGUAGAAUGAAUGACGACGACUAUCAAGUUUUCCCGACAAAAUGACGAUGGGUCACGCGUAAGCACAAAUCUCGUGGUCGUGGUCGUCCUCGUCUUUAGAGAAUCUAAAGGUCUCUCUCAUUGCGCAUGCUUAUUAAUUAGUUUUUGUGCUCGUGUUACAUCCAAGUUCGCGUGUGCAAGCCACUUAAAGGUUUAUUUGAACAGCUUUGAAACGAGAAAAAACUAAUUUUCUAGUUUUUGUGUGCCGUUGUUGAAAUAUAAGCACAGCAAGUUAAAGGAAUUUGGACGUACAAUUAUAAACUGAGAUAUUGACAGAAGAUUUCUUCUUCAUCUUUUGUGUAUUUCUUAUUUACCUAAUGUUAAGUGUUAAUUUGUAGCAAAAUCAUUUCGAAUUGGGCCGAUUAAACAAACUCUUAACUAAGCUUUUUAAAUCACCCACCAGCCCAACAUUUGCAGUCACUAUCUUUAUUUCCUGGCUUCAGUUAAAGUUAUUUUUAUCUCUACCCAGCUGAAAAUUAGGUGAUCUAAGUCGAGUUUCAACUGUUGUUAGCAAAUAAAGAAGAAUUUUCAGCGAUAGUGCUAUACAGAAAAAAAAUUAUACAGGAAAUAUACAGGAAUUUUUUUUCCUGCUCAUUUAACGUACGCGUGCAGCCAUCGUAUAAUUACCCGUAAAAAAUUUUUAUUCAGUUCAAGCUCAAAAAUGGUGCAGGGAAAAAAAAUUCAAGGGAACAGAUUCGGCGGCAGGACAGCGUAUGCCGACAAGGAUCUACCCAUACUUAUCAGAAGAUGUCUGACUCGACAACAGAGAGGUCGUUACUGAUAAGAUUCACUACUACAAUGUUAAGAAAAAAGCCAGUUAGGUUCUGUCUUAGAAUAAAAGCAGGAAAACUUAAGAAAGAUGUUGCAUAUUGAUAAAGGCCAGUCUUAACGAAACUAAACAUACAAAGUGUUGUAUUUAUUAGCCCUGCUGCUCCUCAUUACCUUCCCGUGAUCUUGAUUAUUUGAAUUGUUUGUCAACAAGUCAACUAAGAAAAGUACCAACUCAGGGGCGGAUCCAGGAUUUUUUGCAGAGGGGAAGUGUCUCUUGCUCUACUUUUUUAAACCACAUAUUUUUUUUGCAGUCCAGUUUCUUCAGGUCUUUCGUCCUUGCAACUGCGUUAGGGGAACUGUCUUAUUUUUUAUAGCUUAUUCUUUUUUUCGUCCUUCUUCCUUUCGUCCUUAGUUAAGGGCCUAAUUUUUACUACUUUCAGCUACCAAAAGUGAGUAUGGCUCUCUUAAGACAAGAAGAAUAUCAAGAGAACAAGGAUUAGGUGGCGAAUAAACGACUUUGAGUUAACGUUAGUUAGUAUAUAGCUGCAAUGUAGUUGACAUGUCAACAAAUGUUAUCUUCCUCCUGUGCAAAUUUCGUUAAAAUUUGCUUAAUAAUUGCUCUGUUAAUGUUCUACUAUGACACGGUAACGGACACUUAUUGAUCUUCUAGGGAAAUAUAAUUAUCCCACCUUUCUGCAACAUUUAGUGAAAUGUUUCUUUAAGCUUAGGAUAACUAUACAAAGCUGGCUAAACAAAAAAGUGAUGUGCUUUCUGUUAUGGCACGACCAUCCAUUCUGUGCAAAUAUCAUUAAGCGCUCUCAGGUUUAGUAAACAUUUAUCACGACAUUUUAUUGACAGUCAGGCAAUGUUAGUUAAGCAAGGGGGCGACGCAUUUAGAAUUGAAAAUUACUAAGAGGAGCCCCUCUGGACUAUGCAAAAAUAAGUACAAUAAUUGCUAGGAAGUUACCUACUUACCAAUUAUACGCAAUUGUCUAAAAAGUGGUGGGGGAGGGGGGGUAAUAAUUAAUGAACAACUGGAGAAUUUUGGGCAAUUAUUAUUCUUUUCUCUUAGUCUUUCGUGCCAUUUCCUUUUGCUUAGCUUGAUAACAGUUCUAAUGUUAGUUUAACCCAAUGAUAGUCAAACAAAGCUGGUUUGAGCACAAAACUCACUUGUUCAAACAUUUUUAUUGUAACCCUAAUUAAUCAUAGUAGUUGAGACUGCGCAACCGCAAAGUGACAUCAACCAUGUCAGUGUAGCUACAUAAGGGGCUCUUAUUCCCCUGAAAGAACAGUGUCGUUGGUUCCACUGAUCUUGAAGACACAAUGAAGACGUUCAUAGCUGUUCUCCUGUUGACUGCCUGCGUGGCUUAUGCCGUUGAUGAAGAGGCUUUUCACGAAGCUGUGUUUCAGUUUUUGGAUGAGCGUCACGAUGAAAAAAUGGCACAGGUCCUGCGAGACAACGGACUCCCUGAGGACACUUUGCCGGUCACCCAGGACGACGAUGACUACAAGAAAAAAAGACUACCGGUUUGGAUUGUACGUACAACCAUUUUUUAACCUUUUCUUUUUCUAAGAACGGGGGGGGGACUCACUCAGUAGAGCGCAUUUAGAUCCAAUAAUCUCAGGGGUGGGGGUGGGGUCGCUCAGUCAGUAGAGCGCGGACAAAAUAUCCAGCAAUCUCGGGGGGGGGGGGGAUGGGGGUGAGCCGUUUUCGUCGCACUUUUGUUUCAAAAUAAAGUGACGUUUCUGCUGAUUUCUCCUGAUUUAUGACGACUCAAGGGGUUUAAGGCCUGUAACAAAGGGGUGUUCUGAGCAUAUGAGUGGUUGGCAAUAUCUAUCGCUAGGAGACAGAACAAAAUGAAUUUUUCCCCGAAAGUAAAUCUUGACGUUUUCUUGUGCCUUAACGUUUCAUUAUGGUCACGUGACAUUUCACGUAACCAAAAAUUGAAAAUGAAGGAAUUUGGCGAAUUGGUGGCGAAUUUACUUAGUUUUGAUAAACAAAUUUGGCAUUUCUGAAAGGGGAUCUUCAACAUACCUAACUUUCUACGUUUGGAAUGAAGCUACGCAAAGUUUACAAUUAAAGGCUUAAAUAAUUCAAGGUUAAAUCUGGGCAUUUAAAAUGAUGUUUUACAUCAUAAUUUUUUUUCGAAUUGCAAUGGACUGUCAUUCCAAACGUGAAGUGUUAAAAAUAUUCAAUAUGAAUUAGAAAAAUGUUAUUGCUCGAUUUUUUUGCUUAAACCGGCCACCAAUUGAUCAAUAAUUUACAAUUUUUAACAAAAUGGUCACGUGACAUAUCAAGUGACUUACUAACACAACAUUUAUACUCUAAACUGUUAAGGACGAUGAGCUGUUUAUGUGUGCCAAAUUUUGAUUCAGCGACAUCAUCUAUGCCGAAGUUAUAAUCAAUCAUUCUUUUUUAACAGGAAAACCCCUUAAUCCCAGGCCUUAAAAUACUUGAGGAACCUCUGUUCAGCGGCCAUUUAUCGGUACCCCAAGGGUAACCCGGCGUGAGGGGUUCAACUGCAGUGGCGGAUCCAGGGGCGGGGUCUGGGGGGCCCGGGUCCUCCUCCCUUAUUUUUAGACCAAACUUAGGUGAGGGCCGAACAUUUUUUUUUUUUUUUUUGGAGACCGCCUCCCCGCCCCCGUUAUCAGGAGGUCUGAAUCCGCCACUGAACUGUAUAAUGUUUUUUGCACUAACUAACAUGUUGGUUAACUCUAUUACUACAGAGACCUUGCAUUUUCCGAGGAAAGCUAUGUUGGCACUUGGCUGGAAACAACGCUUGCAAAAAAUUGGCCUGUAUCGAUAAAUUCUUCAAAUGCGUUAUCAAAAGACACCCCAAACCUCUUCCAACACUUAAUCCACUUCAGGUAUGAUAUAUAAACUGAACAAAAAUGCGCGUUCCCAUAAUGCGGCUGUUAUUCCAAUUAUCAUGCAAUGUAUUUUGCUACUAUUUAUUAUUAUUAUUAGUAGUAGUAGUAGUAGUGGUAGUAGUAGUAGUAGUUGUUGUUGUUGUAAUUAUUGUUAUCUUUAUUAUUACUACUUCAUGCUAAUAUAUAAUUAUGUUAUAUAUCCAGCUUGAUUUUUGAAAACGUUACUGCCGAAUGCAUCUCUUCCGUGAACCCCUUUUUUUUUUCGGCCCAAGAAUAUCUCCAAAGUAGCCAUAAUAAACCAAGAGUGCAUGAUUCUUUAUCUUCUCUAGUUCGUAGACCAAACAUUAUCGAGAAAAAAACACCUCCUUUUACAUUACUUCGUUGGAAUGCCCUUAAGCUUACUUUAAGCAGGCAGGAAAUGCCAGUGAAUUUCAACUUUUCUUCCUAUAUUUUCAAAAAAAAAGGGAAACAAAAGAAAAGAAAACAUAUUGAGCAAACACUCCUACGUAACGUCUUUUUUUAGAGAGGGUAUUACACUUUAUAUUGGUUAAAAAGAGCUAACAAAAUUGUGGCCCUAGCUAGAAUUACAAUCAUUCAAAAACUAGACUAAUCAGGCGCGGAUCUAGGCCAGGAUAAAAAUGCUGAGCGCUGUGCCGAAGGCGCAAGCUUCUAAGGGGCGCCGGUGGCAUAAUCCCCCGAGAAAUAUUUUUGUAUUUUACCUCCCUAAAGUCCUAAUUCAUUCCUCGAAUGAAGCAUUUGUCUAAGCCAUUUUCCAGGUUUCAACAUUGAUAAUUUUUUAUUAUUAUUGAAAUAAACCUCUUACGAAAAAUCCAACCUAUUUCCGUAAAAACGGUGUGGAUCCCGCGCCUGGACAUAAAUUAUUAUUUCUUAUAAACCUGUAUUUCUUCACUUUCUCAACUUGCAGAAAGGCUGUGUGGCUCUUCUUUAUCUGUGCAGAAAGCACAGUCCAUCAUGUGCUGGUAAAUUAUGCUGCUUCGUUCGCAUCAAAAGAUGCUUCCAAGCCGCUAAAGGUGAAUGA